UGCAGUCUCAAUGUAAAUGGUUACUGUCUCUUUAAAACAAACGCUAUUUUGGGGGAAAGCAGUGAAUUAGCGUGUGUGGGGAGAGUUUGUUAGGAGCCAUCAGCUGUGGAAGCACACGGUUUUCUUAACGUGGUCAGCGUUUUUGUUGGAUAAUUGUACUUGUGGAAACGUGGAAAUAAAGUUCGUUUUUUUCUUUUAAAACAUCCUGUGGAGUGGAAAAUGGAUAAUUAUCUGACUGAACGACAUGGCGCGAGUAAACCGUUGCUUCACCUUAACUAAAGGAUUUGCCUCUACAAUUAGUUUAUUGUUGAGACAGCUGGGUUUGAGGAUCACAGCAUGUGACCUCCAUGUACCAAAUUCUCCUUAUUUAUCAAUAUCUAGCUCUAUAUAUCUAUACAUUCUACACCACGUUUAAGCGGUUAAGCAUUGAGGAAUAUUGUGUAACAUAUAGUCAGCCAAAUGAUAGAGAGUUUCAUUUCUUGGGAACAACACCAACAGGAGUGUGGUAUUCCCCUGUUUAUCACAUGAUUUAAAAAGUAGACUGAAACUGCAUUAAUGUCACAAGCCAGUUUGGCAAAGAAUCAUGAGGUGCCAACAGUACAUUCCUUCCUGGUAAAUGAUAGAGAAAGUAAAAGUGGCUUGGCAAGUUGAUUGAUAUCAAUGUACCUGAAAUUCAUCCACUCCAGAUAGAGACUAAACACAGGCAGACAUCACAAGUCAUCUAGAAUACAGAAACUAAGCUUUACUGACCUGCAGAGCAGCAGGACUACCUCAGACUGAGCGACAAUGAAGAUGAAGCUGCUCUUUCUUCUCUUUUCUUGUGUGUCUUAUACAGCAGCAGAAAUCUACAUUUACAGCGUCAAAUACACUGCAGCUGUAGGAAUAUCAGGCCUGCCCGAGUUCACCGCUACGUCCUUUCUUCACGGAAAACAGAUAGAUUACUACGACAGUAAAGACCACAUUCUCCUUCCCAGAAAGGACUGGGCAAAGAGAAUACUGGGCGAGCCUUACUGGGAGAAAACCACUCGACUGCGCUUUUCAGAGUCUGUUCAGUUACAGCAGGAGCUCAGUUCUGUGAUGGAGAGUUCUGGACACACAGAAGGUAUGCACACAUUUCAGAGAAUGUACGGAUGCCUGUGGGAUGGCAAGACUGGUGAAUCUGACGGCUUUGACGUGUACGGGUAUGAUGGAGAAAACUUCCUUUCUCUGGACGUGAACAGCAGGAAAUUCACAGCUUUAACACCACAGGCGAAGUCUAUAGUACAGGAGUGGAACCGGAACACAACCCGGCUUGAGGUCCUGCAACUGUACUAUAAACUUGAGUGUGUAGCCUGGCUGAAGACUUUCUUUCCUGAGAACUACAAUCAAAAUGAACCUUGGGGUUUUACACUCAAUUCUGAACUUUAUGGAAUAGUCAUUCCUACAUUUAAUCACUACCUGAAGAGAAGUUAUCCUCCAGCAGUCAUGUGUCACGCAAGAGAUCUGUCCUCCAGUUCAGUCCGGAUGUCGUGGCAGAGGAAUGAAAAAGACUUUAAUAAUGAUGGCUUUGUGGUGAUCGGAGACACCCUGCCCAGUGGAGACGGAACCUUUCAGAAGACUAUCUACCUGUAUGUGGGGGUUGAGGAUCUGAUGAGAAAUCAGUACAAAUGUGCGCUGGAAUUUGUGAGCUUGGCUGGAGAGUCCAUUCUACAGAUGUCGCAGGACACUAAACUGCAGUUCAGUUACGGAGCUCAGUCUCACCAUCGUGCCAGUCAUGAUGAGGAUGAAUAUGAUGAUGAAGAUUAUGAGGAGGAAGACUAUGAUGAUGAUGAUGAUGUCUGGCAACAUCCUUACUUUCAUAAGGAGGAGUUCUGAACGCCGAUGGAAAGCAGCAGUACUGAUCUGGGGUAACUUCGUUAACUGGUACUUAAGAUUGAUCGUAAAUUUUCCAAACCCGUGCGUAACUAAAGUACUACAUAAACUCGCUCGCAGAUUAACGAGUAACCUGACCCAGUCGUUAUUCUUAACGUUCUACUUAAAGUGAAUUUUGCUUGCAGUUCACCACCUUAAACACCAGGGACCGCCAAUUUUGAGGGAGAAAAAAUAUUAUUUCCGUGGUUGAAUCUAUAUUGUAUUAUUUUAUAUUAUAAAAUUAUAUUUUAAAAUCACAUAAUAAUAUAUUAUAAUGCCAUAUUUUAUCUGUAGCUUGUAGUCUAACUGGGCAUAUUUAAAUCAAACUCACAAAUAAAUCAUUAAAUUCAGGUAUUGUUAUUUGUGAACCUUAUUGUAAGGCAUUUCCAAGAACUCUCUUCUUUCUGAUUGAUUUUAGGAAUUAACUUCAUUUUAAUCUUUUUUCAAAGAGGAGUGAAUGUGGGACAAACUCUUCAGGGAUAAAACUCUUCUUUUAUUUCGAAAUUUGUGCUUUUCAUAAUGCAUCAAUGUUACCUCAGUAUAUUUACUUUGUGUACAUUGUAAAAGGUCUUAAACAGCUUUGUGUAUAUUUGUGUAUAUGUAUAUUUGAUUGACUGAAUUUUAGACUGAUGGAUGAAAACCUCUUAAUUAUUACUGAAAAUAUACAUAUAGGUCUAAUGUCUUCUGAUGUUGCAAAAUGUUUUGGUUGUCUCACAUUAAAGUGAUAAUUAAAAUAUAAUGUAAGUCGUAAUUAGUGUUUUCAUCAGGGCUGCAACUGAGUAAACUUUUGUCAAAUAAUUUAAUGGGGAAAUGUUAAGGUCUGUAAUAAAUAAAAGAAACAUUGAGCAUUA